AGGAGGAAGUGUUGGAGGAGGAGUGUUGGAGUGGCGGCAGUUGUGAAGGGUGAGGGCAGCAUGGCGGACCACCACCACCACCAGCUGGGCUUCAGGGAGGUCCUCCCCCACCAGGCAGCCCUCGUCCAGUGGAGGAACAUCACCGUCGACACAGGAGCAGCACAGAGCACACUACAGGAUAUCAAAGUUCCUGAAUAUGGAGGAGGGUAUUCCUUCAAGCCACUCUCACCCGUCACAUGUAAUCGCUAUCUCUUUUGGCGCGUAUGUCACGAUGUUGUGGAGCUGUGGGAGGAGAGCCUCGACCAUGACUUCACGCACAACCAUGUUCAGCUCAGAUUUGCUGACACACCUGUGCUGGAAGGGCUGAGUGUUCACGAGACUCGUCAGUAUGUUUAUAUUCUGUUGGCAACCGUGUCCUCUGUUCAUCGUAUUCGGCUCCCUCACCCACAGACUGCACAGGCAACUAGAAGUAAACCACAGUCAAUCCUGAGGGACCUGACAUUCCAGACUCUGAAAGAGUACCACAACCUCCACAUCUUGAACAGUACUGCAGCAGUAGGUGAAGGUUUACCGCACACAGCAGGGACACAUCUUAAGAAGGGCGGAGAUGCAGUGUUUGUGUUGGGCCAGACCGGUGGUACGUUGCUGGUCGUCAAGAUGAUUGACUCGCCAUUUUCGGUGUUCACUGAAAUCAUCAAAAAUGCUUCUCUAAUGAACAGACUGUUUACUGGCUUUGUUCCUGGGAGGUUCAGCAGAGGUCUUGAGGGCUGCGAGACGGUGACAAGCCUCGUGAUAAAGGAACUAGCAGGAGAUGUGCUGGCGGUGGGGGUGUGCCGUGAUGGUAAAGUUCGGGCGUGGUCAUGCUCACGCCUUCAGUGUGUACUUGCACAUGACACGCUCGAGAACACGGCCGAGGCUGGACGGAAGUUAAAUCCUGGAGCUCAGCGGCACCAAAUCCGCAGCUGUGGGCAGGGAGAGGAGACCAUCCUGGGCGUCUUCCUCAACUUCACCGAGAAACAUUUGCUCAUUGUUUACCAGCCUACACUGAACCUUGGUCAGAUAACACUCAGCCACAUCAAGACCCUUUACCCACCGCAGUACGACCUUGUGGACUUCAGCCUCACGUCGUGGUACAUUUGGACUUUGUGGACAGAUGCGAAUAACGAGACACAGGUACUGUAUGCCCCAGUGAAUGAUGGAGAGGGAUCAAAAGAUCCACCCGGAUUGUCUAGUGUGGUGCUUGAGGCACCCCUAGAGAAAGAAGUUCCUCUGACUGACCCGUUCCUUGAUCCUCGGGAAAUCUACCUACGAGAGCUCUUCAUGCCAAACCGGUUUUCUAUGCACACCCUUCGCAAAGCUCUAGGGAUUUAUCGCCGCAGUGUAGACUUUUCCAGCUUAGCAGACGGGGGUAUGUGGAGGCUGAAAGAGGAAGUGGAAGCAGCACUGCGGGACCAGGUGGAGGCCCGCCUUAAUGCCAACCUUUCUGAAGAGGAGGUCAUGCAAAUUACUCUGGAGGCCUGGGCCACUUUUUACUCUCACACCCUGCAGUACCAGCAGGUUGGACACAAGCCAGUAGGUAUUGUGGGUGUUGGCAGUGAUCGCCUGGUUGGGGUGGUAAGGAAGCAAGUGGUGUCGUGGGUGCGGCCCAUGGAUGCCCUCGAGGUACUGGCUCUGGCAUCUCUCAACAGCCUAAAUGCAAGCAGUCUGGAGGGCGUGCUCAGUGAAGAUUCCGUUGUAACUGCUGCCGUCGUGGCACUGGCCAAGCCUCUACGUUCAGUGAAGGAGAUGAUACCAUUAGAAGUGGCUUCUGCCUUCAUCCUUGACCUUCAUCACCUUCAAUCUCCAGACCAAGUUGGAGCAUCCAUCACUGCCUCACUCUUGGCUGAAAGUGCUUUGCCUUCAAAAGAGUUGGGACAGCAGCUAGCGAGUGUGUCUGGCCUGGUGGCUGGUUUAUGGGCAUAUCUUCAUGCUUUACAGCUGGAUAUGGGUAUGCCAGAUGCCCUCACUUUAGAAAAUGGCAUCAAAUCAUCACCAGGAAGCUUAUCUGGGGCUCUCUCUGGGCGUACAGGGGCAGCCAUUGUCAGUGCAGUAGUGGCCCAAGUGGCUAAGGUCAGGCUGGAGUUAUGUCGAGACCUGUUACUCCUACAGCAGAUGGCAUUACACCUGGGUCACAAGUGUCGCCUUACUUCCGAUGCAGCUGCUCAGCUGCGCUCUACAUUACUGCCAAAGACGGCCCUCCUUACUCAAGCAUAUUUUGCCCUCUUGCAUGUGUCAACAGCACCUGCUAUCCAGCCCAGUCAGGCUACAUUGGAAGCCGGGAAGCGUCAGCUAGCGGCAUUAUCCCUCGGCAAUGGACCAGGAGUGGUUAGUGCUCUCCCGGUCCCGGGUCACCCUGCCACUGUAUUAGAGCUGUUCUUCCUAAGCAGUGGAGGUGAUCAAGCUCGUGCACUAGUGGGGCCAUCUCUAGAUGACGGCAGUGCCGAAGGUUGCUUCAGUGGUGGGUGGGCCGAGUUGCUGAUGCCUCUAACCAUGACGGUGGCCCAGUUGGCAUGGCCCAUAAGUCGUUGCCUGGUACUGGUGGAGUGGCUUGUGUGGGGAGGACAACAUGGAGCUGUACAGGAGUAUGUCAGGCUUCUGCAACCUUGGUGUGAAUGGAAUAGUUGCUCUAGGAAAUUCUUGUUAGGAGUAGCACUUCUCAAUCAAGGCGAGGCUACCAAGGCUGCACGCCUCCUCCUGGCUGCCAUGGAGGGUGUCAUCACUGAAGAUUUUCUUGGCAUGAAAGUAGCCAAUGGAGGGCCAGAGACUCCGUCAGAUCAACUGAGAGUGAUGUAUUGCCUGCGUGUGAUUCGUUUACUGGAGCAGAGUGGACAGCCAGCUCUAGCACUGCAAGUGGCCCAAGAAGGAGUGACCAUGGCCUCCACCGACCAGGCGUCUAUGUCGGCACUCUACUCUGUUGUGUUCAAGCAUCACUUGGAAUUGCACCAUCAUGAUGAGGCCUUCACUGCUCUCCUGGCUUGUCCUGACCAGCAUCGUCGACGCAACUGUCUACGUCAGCUGAUUGUAUCGCUCCAUGACAGAAAGUGCCUGACAACAUUGGUGAGCUACCAGUACGGCAGUUUGGAGUCGGACGUGAUCACCAUCUUGGAGAAUCGUGCCCGGUCGGCAGAUAUUCUCAUCAACAACUACUAUGACUUGCUCUAUGCCUUCCACAUCAGCAAACACAAUUAUAAGAAAGCUGCAUGUGUGAUGUACGAGUGUGCUCUGCGACUCAAUAUUGAAGGUGUAGGGGAAAAGGGUCUUCGACAGCAGGCCAAAUGUUAUCUAGCGUGCCUCAACUGCUUACGACACAUUCCACCUGAGCAGGCAUGGAUACUUAAGCCUCUUCCCAAACCGACACACGACCAAAUUGAAGAUGAACAUGAAAGCCCCGUGACUGAUGGCGUGAGUCCUAAACGCAACAGUGAUGGUGCAUCAGUCGCUCCUCCAGUUUCUCGACGGCGUCCACAGGUGAAAGUGCUGGAGCUGAUGCACAUAGAGCGAGAGUAUGAGUUGGUUCAUGCCAGGCUGAAGAUGGUCAAAACGCAACCAGAUAUUCCAUCAUCGGGAGGUCCACUGAGUGCUGCCGACACCAUCAGCUUGCUGACCCACGGAAGACUGUUCCGGGAGGCUGUGCGUCUUGCUAGGCUAUUUGAGCAUCCUGUGGCACCUGUCCUGAAAGGGUUGGCCCAUGCGUGUCUACAUCCUCACGUUCCACGUAACGCCGUCGGCAACUCUCAAGAGGAAAAUGGCAUAGUCAGAGAGAGUAACGAGUGUGAAAAAUGGUGGUGUCUACUAAAGGAAUUGUUGGAGGAAGAGGAGCGUGCUAACCAGUCGGUGCUCCAUCAUGCAGUAGCGUCGGUGCUUCUCCAGAACACUGCCGCACUUCCCUCGUGGCUCGUCAACUCCUACAAGAUUCGCAAUUGUGGAGAGUUACUGCAGCUGUACGUGAGCCACGGGCUGUUGGAGGAGGCGGUGAAGACAGCUUGUCAGUACAUUGAUGGUGUUUUGGGUCAUGGUACAAAGCAGGUGGGUUUGAGUAGUGGUCUUCAUGCUGCCUCGCCGCCAGUGUGGCUGCCUUACACUGCCCUUGACAAGCUGCUGCUAGAGAUGAGAGAGGUGCAGCAGAGCAAAUAUUUCUCAAAGUUGUCAGAUCAACUAAAUCACCGGCUGAAGGUGUAUCGUCAAGAACUGGAGCAAGUAUCACAGAACAGAGUCACUUUACUACUAGCGUGAUGUUCUCGUCAUCCAUGAGUGCAAGCUGUAGUUUGAAUAGCAUAAUGAACACCGAACCCCCACGCGGUACAGCUGGGACGUCAUCUGAACGUGGCCGUGUGAAGGCUACAAGCAUCUCCCUAAUAGCGCUGUGGUUAUUUAUGCUUUCUAUAUUUAGAUUUACUGUUGUACAAUGAUUCAGUUCUGAACUGAUCUGUUCAAGAGGAUUUCAUUAUAAAUUACAGUGUAUGAAUGAGUUGGUGAUAUUCGUAGUGUAUGAAUCGGGGGCCAGGUCGAGCUCGGAAUAGAAGAACUCCCAAAACCCUCUCCAGGUAUGAAUAUCAUCAUUAGUUCCACAUUUAAUGUCAAAGUGCAAAGCAUGAAUAUGUCAGUAAAACCUAACAAAGAGUUUGGCAAAUAAACUAUGUAUGCAGUAUUCUUCUUGCAAGGUUGAAAUUAAAGUAUAUUUUUCAUUGUCUUCAAGCAGAAUGUUUGUAAAUACAAUAUACACGUUCAGUAGGAGGUUGAUGAACCUUUAGGGAUGUGUUGCCGGCUUGGUGCCUGCCGCCGUGAAGAAGACAACUGAAGUUAGAGUACAGUAAGUUUGUUUUGUAACAUUUUUAUCAUUACUCCACUUCAUUUAAUUGAAUGAGAUGGAUCGUGCUAUAAAUGGUUUUGUAAAUGCUGUGUAUUUACAGUUUUUUUAAUAAAUUUAAUUAUUGUAUAAAA